GCGGGUCGGCCCUGGCUGGGCUGUGAGUAGCCAGCUCGCUGCGUUUGUCGCCGUGUGUGGAGCCGGAUGGGGAAGCGCCGACUCCAGUGUUGUGGAUGUCACGGUUAGAGCCGAAGGGGGUGGAUACUCGGGCAGCCCAGCUGAAGAUGGCGGAGGCGCAGGUGCCGGUGCCGGUGCUGUUCUGCUUCUCGUCCUUCUGCCGGCCGUGCGCCGUGCCCGCCGGCUCGGGCCACGAGGUGCUGAUCCAGAAGUUCCUGUCGCUGUACGGGGGCUUGAUCGGCGUGCAUCGGAAGUUCGUCAUCCAGCAGUAUUCGGCCGAAUGGGGCGAAUACAUCGACCUGCCCAAAGGGUUUGCGGUCACCGAGAGGUGCAAACUCCGGUUAGUCUCGCUGCAGGUGCCGAUGACUUCACUUGGAAACCUUGUAGCUUCCAGUACUGUGUUUUUCUGCUGUGAUAUGCAAGAAAGGUUCAGGCCAGCAAUCAAGUAUUUUGGAGAUAUCAUAAGUGUGGGUCAAAGAUUGCUGCAGGGUGCCUACAUUUUGGGAAUUCCUGUUAUUGUUACUGAACAAUAUCCAAAAGGACUUGGGAGUACUGUCGCAGAAAUUGAUGUCACAUCAGCCAAGUUGGUUGUGCCUAAAACUAAAUUUUCAAUGGUUGUACCCGAGGUGGAAGCAGCUCUGAAUGAAAUCCCGAGCAUUCAAAGUGUCGUGUUGUUUGGAGUGGAGACUCAUAUCUGCAUACAACAAACUGCUCUGGAUCUGAUUGGGAGAGGCCUUGAAGUGCAUAUUGUAGCUGAUGCAACUUCUUCAAGAAGUAUGAUGGACAGAAUGUUUGCUUUAGAGCGCCUCGCUCGUACAGGGAUUAUAGUUACUACUAGUGAAGCCAUACUUCUGCAACUAACUGGCGAUAAGGAACAUCCCCAUUUCAAGGAAAUUCAAAACCUCAUCAAGGCAAGUGCUCCGGAGUCUGGACUUCUGUCCAAGGUCUGAACAAUGUCAAGGCAUCUGGCAAAAGAUUCAUUGGGGAAAAAACCUGGAGACAUAUUUAAUUUUGGCAUACAAGGGACAUCAGAUGUAAUUGCUUAAAAUUGUUCUGGUAGCAAUAUCUUUUUAUAGUUACAUUUUUCUGUCUAAAUGUUAUUGCAGGCUUUGAAUAUUAUGGAAUAGUAUUUCAUGCAGGUUAACAGGUGCAUAUUUAAGCAGGUAUGAAUUGUAUACUGAGGGAUUUGCAUGAUUUUUGAUUAAUUGUGCACUUUGUAAAUGCAAUUACAUUUUGUUCUGUAGUCAUUUUGUAAACUAUUGCACUCAAUUAAACUGCUUUAAAAUACACACUGUUAUACCUGAUUUCCUUUUGUUUGGAGGCAAUCAGACGUGUAACUAUCAGCCUUGAGUCAAAGAUGGUAGAAGCUGUAAUUGAAUUCAGUAAAGGAGACUGAACUGGUUAAAUUAUGUUACCUAAGGUAUUGAAUAGCAUGAAAAAGAUAAUCUCCAACUUUUUUAUACUUGUGUAAAUGUAAUAAUCCUGUCAAACUAUAGACCAUGCUUUUCCGUGACCAUAGCACCAGACGUCUCAUGUUGUCUGUAACGUAAUCACCUUUGUCCUUUGUAAUGGUAUCCUUUAAACAGGCUGUUAGUACACUAUUGUUAAAAAGUAGGUAGUGUUUCUCAGUGCCCUUACUGGUUGGAGGUAAGGAGCCGUUCUGUCUACAGUUUCAGUGUGACUUGAUUAAUGCCUCAGUGUCUUCAAUUUAUUCUGGAGGAUUUCUAGCAAUUAUUCCCCUCUGGCUAGUCUCAUCAUGUUUAAACUACUUUAACUAAUUGUUAAGGUUUCUCUUUUCAUUUUGGCUGCUCCUUUCAUACUUUGCCAAAGAAGAUUUGCACAGCUGAUUGGCAAAGUCAGGCGACAAUGGUGGGAAACCAGUUGACUUUAUAUAGUAGUUUACUUCCAAAGCUAUUAAAUGACUGGGAUGUGGGCUUAAUCCAGGAUCUCUAAGCAGGAUUUUAACUCAAUGCCAACAAUUUCUCUCCCUACCCUCUACCACAUGCUGCAUGAACUAUGGAGCUCCUUCAGCAGAUUGUUGCUUUGCUGUGUCAAUGUGUAGACACCAGGUUUGAGAGUUUGUGAUUAAGAAGACUUUAAAAUAUCUUGUUUAUAUGGAGUUAAUAGAUGACACUUGUCUCUGCUUUUCAGACAUAUCAGCCUUUUUUUUUCAUAAAAGCAUUUAACAAAUGGGACUACACCCACCCAGUUAAGUUGGUACAUGUAUGCUCCCAAGGAGUCAUUGACCUGCUGUGAUCGGAUACCCUGAGAGAAAAGCUAUAAAGGAUCCAAAGCCUCUCCCCAUAGGAAGAAAGAUAGGCAGAUAUACAGUUGCAAGAAAAAGUUUGUGAACCCUCUGCAAUUACCUGGUUCUCUGCAUUAAUUACUCAUAAAAUAUGGUGUGAUCUUCACCUAAGUCGCAAUAAUAGACAAACACAAAAUGCCUAAAUUAAUAGCAUUCAAACAAUUGUACUUUUCAUGCCUUUAUUGAACACAUUGUUCAAUCAUUCACAGUCUCGGCUGGAAAAAGUAUGUGAACCCUUGUUUAGUAAUUGGUAAUACCUCCUUUAGCAGCAAUAACCUCCAUCAAAUAAUUCCUCUAGCUCCUGAAUUUUAGACCAUUCCUCUCUACAAAGCUGUUCCAGUUCAUUGGUAUUCUGGGACACCUUGCAUGAACAGCCCUCUUUGGGUUAUUCCACAGCAUCUCAAUUGGGUUAAGGUCUGGACUCUAACUUGGCCAUUCCAGAACAUAAUUUUUUGUUUUUUUUAAAAGCAUUCUGUUGUUGAUUUACUCUUGUGUUUCUGACCAUUGUCUUGUUGCGUCAUCCAACUUCAACUAAACUUCAGGUGAUGGACCACUAACCUGAUAUUCCCCUGUAAGGUGUCUUGAUAGAAUUUUGAAGUCAUUGUUUCCUCAUCAAUUGCAAGCUAACCAGACCCUGAGGCAACAAAGCAGCCCCAAACCAUAAUGCUUCUACCAUGCUUCGCAGUUAGGAUGAUGUUUCCGUGUUGGUGUGCAGUGCUCUUUUUCUUCCAAACAUAGCGGUGUGAAUUUCUGCCAGAAAAUUCAACUUUUGUCUCAUCUAUCCACAGAACAUUGUCCCAAAAGUGUUGUGGAACAUCCAGGUGGUCUUUUGCAAACUUUAGACAUGCAGCAAUGUUUUUCUUUGGACAGCAGUGGUUUCCUCCGUGGUGUCCUUCCAUGAACACCAUUCUUUUUCAGUGUUUUUAUUAUAGUGGGCACAUGAAAAGAUAGCAACUUCUAGAGAUAUCUUCAGGUCUUUUGCUGUUACCCUUGGGUUCUUUUACACCUCCUUCAGCAUUGCAUGUUGUGCUCUGUGUGUGAUAUUUGCAGACUGAGGUCCUUUAACAUCUGCCGGACGAUGCUGAGGAUGUUUUACGAGUCUGUGGUGGCCAGUGCGAGCAUGUGUGCUGGGGCAGCAGGCUGAGGGUAGCAGACACCAACAGAAUCAACAAACUCAUUCGUAAGGCCAGUGAUGUUGCGGGGAUGGAACUGGACUCUCUGACGGUGGUGUCUGAAAAGAGGAUGCUGUCCAAGUUGCAUGCCAUCUUGGACAAUGUCUCCCAUCCACUACAUAAUGUACUGGAUGGGCACAGGAGUAAAUUCAGCCAGAGACUCAUUCCACCGAGAUGCAACACAGACCGUCAUAGGAAGUCAUUCCUGCCUGUGGUCAUCAAACUUUACAACUCCUCCCUUGGAGGGUCAGACACCCUGAGCCGAUAGGCUGGUCCUGGACUUACUUCCUGGCAUAAAUUACAUAUUACUAUUUAAUUAUUUAUGGUCUUAUUACUAUUUAAUUAUUUAUGGUGCAACUGUAACGAAAACCAAUUUCCCCCGGGAUCAAUAAAGUAUGACUAUGACUAAGAACACCCAAUCCUAGGGAGAGUAGCAACAGUACUGAAUUUCCUCCAUUUGUAAAUAAUUUGUUUUAUUAUGUGCUGAUGAACACUCGGGUCUUUAGGAAUGUUUUUGUAGCCUUUUCCAGCUCAUGCAUUAUUCGUCUGAGGUCCUCUGAGAGUUGUUCUGUGUGAGUCAUGUUGCACAUAAACAGAUCUUUCUUCAGAAGGGAGAGCAUCAGUAACCUGACUUGACAAAGUAAGACUUUGUGUGUCUUUCAUAGAGCAGGGGACAUCUACAACCCACAUCUCAUUGAUUGGGACACCUGACUCCACGUAGUUUUUGUAGAAGGCAUUACCACAGAGGUUCAGAUACUUUUUUUUUGAACCUGGACUGUGAUUGUUUAAAUGGUGUACACAGUAUUGAUGAGAAGUACAAUUGUUUGUGUCACUAGUUUAGCUAGAUUGUGUUUCUCUAUUAUUGUUACUUAGAUGAAGAUCAGCCACAUUUUAUGCGUAAUAUAGAAAACCAGGUAAUUGAAAAGGGUUCACAAACUCUUUUCUUGCAACUCUAUAAAACAUAGAACAUUUCAGCACAGUGCAGGCCCUUCAGCUCAGUAGGUUGUGUUGACCUUUUAAGUCAAUCUAACCAUCUCAUAUAGCCUUUCCUUUUGUAUCAUUCAUGCGUCUCUUAAACCACAACUCCUGGCAGAGAAUUUCACACACCCAUCUCUCUUUUAAAAGAAACUAUCCUGACAUGCCCACUCUAUUUUCUUAAGUCAUUUCAAAAUUAUGUCCCCUUUUAUUAGCCAUUUCCACCCUGGGAAAAAGUAUCCAGCUGACUACUUGCUCAAUGCCUCUCAUCUUGUACAACUCUUAUCAAGUCACCUCUCAUUCUUCUUAGCAACAAAGAGCCCAAGCUCAUUCAACCUAUCCUCAUAAAACAUGAUCUCCAACCCAGACAGCAUCUUGCUUCCACAUCGAAGUUCAAGUUGAAGUUUAUUGUCAACUGAUUACAUAUAUACAACCAAAUGAGGCACUGUUCCUCCAGACCAUGCUGCUCCCAUAAAACAUUUAUCAUGCACAACACAUAAAACAAAUAUUACCAUAAAUAAGUUAAAAUGUAAUUCAAAAUGCACAGCUAAUGAGGCAAUCAGAACUGAACCACAACAUUCCAGUGUGGUUUAAUCAGGGUUUUAUAGGGCUGCAAUGUUACUUCAAGGCUCUGGAACUCAAUCCCUUGACAAAAGGAGGCCAUUACACCAUGCGCCUUCUUAACAACCCUAUCAACUUGUGUGGCGACCUUGAGAGACCUAUGGACAUGCAUCCCAAGAUCCUUUGGUUCCUCCACACUGCUAAGAAUCCUGCCACUAUCCCUGUAUUGUGCCUUCAAAUUUGACUUCCUAAGGUGAAUCACAUCACAUUUUUCUGUGUUGAGCUCCAUCGGACAUUUCUCAGCCAGGUUCUAUUAAUGUCUUAUUAUAACCUUCUACGCUAUCCUCAACAUCACCAAUCUUAAUAGCAUCUGCAAACUUAUAAACCCUCUGUUUCACUUCCUCAUCCAAGUCAUUUAUAAAAACUACAAUGAGCAGGAGUCCCAGAACAACACCACUGGUCACUGACUUCCACGCAGAAUAUACUCCAAUUACAACCUUUUAUGGGCAAGCUAAUUUUGAAUUCAUACAUGUCCACCACCGCCCCCCCCCCCCCCCAGCAUUGAGGUACUGGCUAGAAUAUUAGCACUUAUUUUAAAAGAAAAGGUAAUGAAAAGUUUUCAACACAAAAAAAUGAUGUGAAAUACAUUGUAUUAAAAGGACAAAUGCAUAUAUGUUAGGUAAAAGUUUAAGACAAAUGGGAGAAGAAAACAUGGAAUCAGGAUUAAAGGAUAUAUUGUGAUUAGCCAUAUAGAGAUUAUAGCUUGACUGGCAGAUUCCUGUUUAAAUCAAUGAGAAGAAUUUAAUAGUGCAAUGUUUCAAUGUUGCCUCUGGAGGGCAGUGUAGCAUAUACAUAGACUGGAUGUGUGUAGGGUGUGGAAAAGGCAAAUUCCAAUUUCAAAUUAGCAACAACCCUAACUGUUCAAUAUUGUAAGUCAUUGCAUUAACUAGAUCAAUAUAUUAACCUUUAACAAUCUUGGGGAACUUUAAUAUUUAUACUGAUUCCCAAGUAGAGAUAUUUUGAUGCUGUUAGGACACAGGAAGUGAACAUUUGGAUGAAAGCAAGUUUGUGGAAGCCACCAGGUCUGGAGGACAUUAGAAGAGACAAACCUGUAAUAAGCAGAUAUAGAGGAGAGCUUCAAAUAUAAACGUAUUAUGGCACAAAUCUGCUACAGCCUGGACCUCUGGUGUUUCCAGAAUUUCCUGCUUUUAUAUGGAAAUUUCAGCAUAUCCAGUACUGAAUAUGGAAUAAGGUGUGUGGUAAAUGGAGUGAUAAAGAAAGGUGAUGGCAGUGAAGAAGUGGUAUUGUCUGACUACAUCUGGUUUUGGAAAUGCAGCCCAGGGGCAGCUUAUUCAUGAGAAAUAAUCAUCAAAGGAUAGUUCUUAAAAGGAUCCUAGAAGUAAAGGGAUAGAAUAGGAGGAGAAAACAAGUCUGUAGUUUGAUUACAUCUGAUAACCUCUUUCAUUUUCUCCUGAAUUAGGAAUAGUGGAAGAAAAAAUCAUUAAAUGAUUGAAAUGGAUAAAAAGAAAUAGAUGGUCUAAUACCAAUUCUAUUAAUAUUAAGUGAAUGAUUGAUAGAAAGCAGACGAAUGAUUCUCUGCUGGGAUUGUGUGAUGUCUGUCAGCCCCUAACAACAGGCACACACAUUGGGGUAUUCCUUACAUUGGUUGUUUGAAUUUGGAUUUUGCAGAAUUUUAAUACCAUCUCUUUUUGCCUUGGGUUGAUAUCUCAAUAAAGAAAGAUACAUGA